AUGAAGCUUUCGCUCUGGGACACAGCUGGUCAAGAAACAUACAAAAGCAUAACAAGAAGUUAUUUCCGGGGCGCAUCUGGGGCUUUGUUAGUGUUCGACAUCACGCGGAGAAGCAGCUUCGAGUCGGUCACCCAGUGGCUCAACGACCUUCGUCAGAUUGCUGAGGAGGGCAUCGUCGUUAUUUUGGUGGGCAACAAGCUGGACCUCGCCGAACAGACCACCGACGCGCAGGGCGGCACCAGGCGAGCCGUGAGCCAAGAAGAGGCAGAGGACUGGUGUCGGCGAGAGAACGUGGUCAAAUAUGUCGAGACAAGCGCUAAGAGCGGGGAGGGAGUUGAAAAAGCGUUCCUCGAGGUGGCAGAAAGAAUAUACCAGAACAUCGAAGCCGGCAAAUAUGACCUCAACGACCGAAGAAGUGGAGUCAAAGGCUAUGGGACUGGCACCGGUCGAGAUGAAGGCAAGGCUCCCAAGACAGUCAACCUGACCAUGAACGACGCCGUCAAGAGUGGGCAGGGUAGAGGUUGCUGCUGA